AUGUACAAAGACGUGAGUGUGGAGUUCAAACCAGAGAAUGGAUUACCAGACUCAAUUCAAUCGAUAGGAACAUUGAAUAUAUGUAAACAACCAUGUCUUCUAAGAUCUUUCUCACAAAAUAGACGACAAGCACAGGUGAUACCAAGACCUGUUGAAACCAAAACUCAGUUUUUGUACAGGUCUCAAAUAGACAUUUCUGUUUCAGAAAAUGUACAAAUCCCUGCUAUUGCUGUAACUAAUGACAACCGACUAAUCUUAUGCAAUCGCUAUAGCAACCGUUUGCUUGUUUAUAGCGACAGUGGGAAAUUUUUGCAAGACUGUACUUUAUUUUGCAAACCAUGGGAUAUCGCCAUUUUACCGGAUGGAAAUCGAGGCGUUGUAACUCUUCCGUUGGAAAAUUCUAUACAGUUUCUUAACAUAUCGAACAUGACUACGGACAAAGAACAAAUAAGUAUUCAUAACAAAUGUCAUGGUGUCGCAGUCGUGUCGAACUUUAUCGUUGUUGGUGCAAAUAGGGAACUGUACAUUCUGGCAAUGGACGGAAGCAUAAGAACACGUGUUCAAGUCCCCGGACAAUUGAUUUAUUUUCUACAUGGCGGAGACAAUAAUUCAGUGUACUAUACAGACUACCAUUGUCUCUAUCACGUUGGUCUGGACGGUGAGGAAAUAUUUCGCUACGAUAAUCCGGACUUAAAAGUUCCGGAAGGCAUAGCAAGAGAUAAUCAAGGAUAUUUGUGUGUUAUUGGUCGAGGCUCACAGAACGUACAUCGCGUUGGUGAUAAUGGACGUGCUAUUGACAUCGUACUCAAUAGGGAUGAUGGUGUUAUUUUGCCAUGGGCUAUCACAUUUAACAAUAAGGGAACAAAAGCGUUUAUUUCUACACACGAUGGAAAGUCUAUUUCAGUGUACGAUAUUCACAUAUAUACCAAGCAAAAGGGAAUUUCAAACAAUUAA